AUGAAGUCUAUGGGAAUUGCCCGUGUUGUGGAAUCUCGCAACCCCGAUAUCGUAACCGGCUCUCUGGUGACGGGUAUUCCUUGGUGGUCCGAGUACUCAAUUGAUGAUGCUACAAAUGUGUCUGUACUCAAUCCCCAACCUGGUCUACUAGACACGCAUUUCCUGGGUGCACUUGGACUGCCAGGAUUCACAGUUUAUUAUGCCUUGACGCAAAUUGUUAAGGCGAAGAGUACAGAUGCUAUUGUUGUUAGUGGUGCUGCUGGUGCUGUGGGCAACAUGGUUGUUCAGAUUGCCAAGAAGAUGAUCGGUUGCCGCAAGGUAAUUGGUAUUGCUGGGACAGAUGAAAAAUGCAGAUGGGUGGAGAAGCUUGGUGCAGAUAUUUGUUUGAACUACAAAUCGCCAUCUUUCAAGCAGAACCUUACCCAUGAGACGGAAGGUUUUGUCGAAAUUUACUUUGGUGAGUUAUCCCUCAACCUUGUGCUUGAAAUGAAGGAAUCGACUCUGGCUGACCUGUUAUCAGAUAAUGUUGGCGGGGAUAUCCUUGACUUCAUGUUGUCCAGGCUGGCGAAGUUUGGGCGUGUUGCCGCCAGCGGUACCAUUUCCGACUACAACCGUGACUCGGAUACUACAGGUUUGAAGAACUUUUAUCCUUAUAUCCAGCAAAUUAUUACAAUGCGCCUACAAAUCCUCGGCUUUAUUAACAUCGACUGGAUUGAGCACCUGCCAGAGGUCCGAGCUUUGCUUGUAGAUGAAUGGAAGAAGGGCAAUCUAAUCAUUGGGGAUGAAAAUGAAAUGGUCAUCGAUACUGACUUCGAAGAUAUCCCUCGAACCUGGAUGAUGCUUUACUCGGGAGGCAACACGGGUAAGCUUGUCACAAAGCUGAAACACUAG